UUCAGAAAGUCACAUACACACAAUCACCUAGCCAGAUCAUACCUGCAGAAGAGAACUCGUAGGAGAGAAUUCACCUGCUUUUAACAGACAUCGACUACAAUAAUAUGAUUUUGAAAUUAAGCAUUUUAUGGGCCUUGGGAUGGACUUACCUAGUAGAUGCAAAUGAUAUUAAUUGGGAGGUACAGCGCUAUGACGGAUGGUACAAUAAUCUGGCAUAUCACAGUACUGGUUCACCAGGUUCUAAACUGUUACGACAUAUCCCUGCAUUUUAUACUGAUGGAGUAUAUCAAGUACCAAAGGAACCAGAGUUGCCAAACCCACGUAGCAUUAGUAAUGUGGUGACAAAAGGAAAAUCGGGUCUUCCAUCUUCUAGGAACUUGACAGUUAUGGCAAUAUCUUUUGGUUACCAUGUGCUUUCAGAAGUAGUGUAUACAGGGAAACCUGCUUGUCCAGCUGAAUUUCUAAAUAUUGAGAUUCCUAAGGGUGAUUUAGUUUUUGAUCGCACAAAUACAAGCAAAGUGGUAAUACCAUUCCAAAGAAGUAAAUGGUAUCCAGACACAGGAAGAAGCCCCAAUAAUCCACGGGACCAUGUUAACUCUGUAUCAGCAUGGAUUGAUGGCAGUUCCAUAUACGGUUCUUCUCACUCUUGGUGUGAUGCUUUAAGAAACUUCUCUGGAGGAAAACUGGCUUCUGGGCCUGAUGAAGGGGUUCCAAGAUUUGCAAAAAGUGAUCUCCCGAUGUGGAAAGUGCCAAAUCCUUCUACUGGAGAAACAGGCAAUAAUGGGUUAUACGCCUUCGGCAAUGCUAGGGCCAACGAAAGUCCAUUUCUUCAGUCUCUUGGCAUACUUUGGUUUAGAUACCACAAUUACAAGGCACAAGAGUUUGCAAAAGAAAAUCCUGAGUGGUCAGAUGAAGUAUUGUUUCAACAUGCUAGGAAAUGGGUGAUUGCUGUUUACCAGAAUAUUGUUUUUUAUGAAUGGCUGCCUGCAUUUUUGUCAAGAAAUGUGACUGCAUACAAAGGUUACCAGCAGCAUGUGGAUCCAAGUAUCUCCCCAGUAUUUACGGUUCAAUUAUCACAAAUGAUAUAUACCAUGAUGCCUUCAGGCAUCUAUAUGAGAAAUAAAGAUUGUAAUUUUCAAAAUGUGUCCGGAUCUAAUGGAAGUGUGUGGCCAGCUCUACGACUGUGUAAUAACUACUGGAACAGAGAGAACUCUAACUUGAAGAAUUCCUCCAGUACAGAUGAGAUCUUGAUGGGUAUGGCUUCUCAAAUAGCUGAAAAAGAAGACAAUAUUUUAGUAAAUGAUUUAACAGAUUACUGCUAUGGGCAAAUAAAAUAUUCCCGCACAGAUUUAUUUGCUGCUAGUAUACUGCAUGCAAGAGACCUAGGCUUACCCAAUUAUAAUAAGGUUUGUGAAUACUACCAAUGCCCUCUUCUGGAGAACUGGGAGAAAAUGACAGAUAAAGAGCUUGGAAAAAAGCUUGCAUCACUGUAUGGAAAUGACACUGAAAAACUGGAGUUUAUUCCAGGACUCUUGGCAGAGAUGGCUGGGAAUUCAAUUAAUUUUUUUUCUGACAUCGUCCUAGAACAAUUUUAUCGUUUAAGGGAUGGGGAUCGAUUUUGGUUUGAGAAUGUUAAAAAUGGUUUAUUUUCAAAGAAAGACAUAGACAACAUUCGCAACAUAAAGCUCCAGAAUGUGCUCGUUGCUGUCACAGAUGCUGGUGAUACAAUACAACAAAAUGUCUUCUUCUUGAAAGAAGAUGAUCCAUGUCCUCAACCCAAACAAUUACAAUCUGAGGAAUUAGAAGAGUGUGUUCCUUUUACUGUUACAGACUACUUUGAGGGCUGUGCUGCUGGCUUUGGAAUUACCAUUGUGGCUCUGUGUUGCUUGCCUCUAGUGAGUUUCCUAAUUGCUUGGCUAGUCGCAAAGUCACAGAAAAGAACAUUCAGAGCAUUCCAAAAAAAAAUUACCACUGCUAAUAAAAAUUCCAUGUGUGGUUCAGAAGGUUUUCCAGCUUCUGAAUGGUGUGGAUAUAAAGAACCUAGUCAAGAUGUUAUAAUACAGUUACACCCAAAUCAAAUACUUAAAGUUUUAGAUUCCAGCAAGAAAAAGCCCAGAGUUGUCAACUUGCAUAAGCACCCAAAUGUCAAAGUUGUCUUGUCGAACAGUGAUGGCAGCAGAACUGUACUGAUCAAGAUCCCUAAAGAGUAUGACUUAGUACUCCAGUUUAACAACCAAAGGGAUAGAGAUGUCUUUAUUGAACAACUGAAAGAAUCUUUGGCAGGCAGCACUAUAUCCCCCACUUUCUCCCAUUUGAAGGAAACAGUCUUGCUAAAAGAAUCCUUUACUAAAAAGCAGAGGCAACAGAUGCUGGAAACCUUCAUCCGACAUUCCCUUUCCCAUGUAAUUGACAUCAAUAAGGAACAUGCAGGAACAACGCAAGGCCAGAACUUCAGAGAUGUACUCCAGUGUGAGCUAUCAAGAGAGGAGUUUGCAGAUUCUUUAGGGCUAAAUCCCAAUGCCCAAUUUGUUGAAUCAAUGUUUUCCAUGGCUGACAAAGAUCACAAUGGAUACUUGUCUUUUGAGGAAUUCUGUUUCAUACUGUGUUCAUUAAUAAAAGGUAGUGCAGAAGAUAAGCUAAAAUUCAUAUUUUCUAUGCAUGAUGUAAAUGGAAAUGGAAUACUGCCAAAGGAAGAGUUCUCCAGAAUGCUUAGGUCUUUCAGAAAUGUAUCCAGCUUCCUUUCAAAUGAGAAAACGGAAAAUGUCAUUGAGAGCAUGUUUAAUGAGGCUGGCAUUUCAAAUAAAAAAGAACUCGCCUGGGAAGAUUUCUAUGGUUUGUUCAAGGAUCACAAGAACAUUUUGAACCAAACAAACUUAUAUUUUGAUGGAGUCACCAAGGACCCUGUCAAGAAUACAGUCUCUAUUAACAGAAACAUACCCCAAAACAAUCACAGUAAUAAUAUUUUUACCACGGACUCAGAGGGACUAACCAUGCGAAAGAGGACUGGAAGAACGAAUACACCUCAGAUACAACUACCAAAUAUAUAUACUGUAGCAAGAAGAGAAAAAUAUGAAACAAGCAAGUUCCGCCAAAAAAUUCAACAGUUUAAGCGCCUAGUUGAAAAUUACAGACGUCAUAUUGUGUGUUUAAUUAUAUUCUAUGGUAUAUCUGCUGGUCUUUUUGCUGAAAGAGCUUAUUAUUAUGGGUUUGCUUCUCCAUCAUCUGGCAUUGCUGAUGCCACAUUUAUCGGGCUUAUAAUUUCAAGAGGUUCAGCUGCCAGCAUCUCAUUCAUGUUUUCUUACAUGCUUCUGACUAUGUGUCGAAACCUAAUAACCCUUCUCCGGGAGACCUUCUUAAAUCAAUACAUACCAUUUGAUUCUGCAGUAGACUUUCACCGUUUGAUUGCUGUAACUGCUCUUGUUCUUUCAAUCCUCCAUUCACUUGGCCAUUUAGUAAAUGUCUACAUCUUCACCAUUAUCCCUCUCAGUGUCCUCAGCUGCCUGUUCCCUACUGUAUUUGUUGAUGAUGGCUCUGACCACCCAAAUAAAUAUUACUGGUGGUUUUUUGAGACUGUACCGGGUAUGACUGGGGUUCUACUCUUGGCAGUCAUGGCUCUCAUGUACGUGUUUUCCUGUUACCAUUUUCGACGUGUCAGUUUCCGUUGCUUUUGGCUAACACAUCACCUUUAUGUUGUAUUCUACAUUUUGACAAUAAUCCAUGGCAGUUUUGCUUUGAUUCAACAACCACGAUUUCACAUAUUCUUCAUCGUCCCUGCACUCAUCUAUUCAGCAGACAAACUGAUAAGUUUGAGCAGGAAAAAAAUUCAGAUUAAUGUUUUAGACAUACAACGGCUUCCUUCGGAUGUUAUUCAUCUUGAGUUUCAGCGGCCAAAUGACUUUGAUUACAAGUCUGGCCAGUGGGUAAGAAUUGCCUGCUUGGACCUUGGCACAGAUGAGUACCACCCUUUCACACUGACCUCAGCCCCACAUGAAGAUACAUUAAGUUUGCAUAUUAGAGCAGUGGGACCAUGGACAACUAAACUGAGGGAGCUUUACUCUUCUAAAAAAGUGGAAAAUAUUCCAUACCCUAAGCUUUACCUAGAUGGACCAUUUGGAGAGGGACACCAAGAGUGGAACAAAUUUGAAGUAUCUGUGUUAGUAGGAGGAGGUAUUGGUGUUACUCCAUUUGCUUCAAUUCUCAAAGACCUGGUCUUUAAGUCCUCUGUUAAUUCAAGGAUCCAUUGCAAGAAGGUGUAUUUCAUAUGGGUUACACGCACUCAGCAUCAAUUUGAGUGGUUAACAGAUAUCAUCAGGGAAGUGGAAAAAAAUGACAAACAAGAGCUCCUCUCUGUCCACAUAUACAUAACACAACUGGCUGAAAAGUUUGACUUCCGCACGACCAUGCUGUACAUCUGUGAACAACACUUUCAAAAAGUGAAAAAUCAGAGUCUAAUGACUGGUCUGCGCUCUGUUACUCAUUUUGGAAGACCUCCAUUUGCCGGUUUCUUCAGUUCUCUCCAGGACGUUCAUCCUAAGGUCAAGAAAAUUGGAGUGUUCAGCUGUGGUCCCCCAGGCAUGACAAAAAAUGUGGAAAAUGCAUGUCGGAAGCUGAAUAAACGGGAUGAAUCCUACUUUGUCCAUCAUUACGAGAACUUUUAAACACCUGUAUUCAAGAUUUUCCAAGAAAAUUUACUGAAGACUUUUUUUUUUUUUAAGAAAGACAGAACCUUUAUGGGUUGGACUGACAUGCAUUGUUAUCAAUAGAAUCUUUGUUUGUUUACAAAAAAAAUCCUUUAUCAAUUAAUAAAAAGUUACAAAUGUAAAAAGAUUAGCUUGUGCAAUAUUUACCCUUUUUCAAUUUACUGAAAUGUUAAAAAAAACAUUCAAUAAACAUUUUAUAUGGCGAA